AUGCCAGACUUGUACAUUCCCCCCGAAAAAUUUUAUUUUCGACUUCUUGGCUACAGUAGCAAUCUUGUUCUUUUCUCGAGGGACACAUUCGAGCCCUAUGUGUGGCACUACCACAUGGGGCCGGAAUAUGAUGAUCAGCUCUUCCAGCUUAUCCACGGUACUGGAGAAUAUGCCGGCCAAUACGCCAUCAAAAGCAAGAAAACCGGAAAAGUACUUUUUUCGAGGCCAUCGCCAAAUCCUACUAUCGGGCAUAUCGAAGGAGAUGGCAAGUACCGCGACAACUGGUUUAAAUUCGAAGUCGGAAGCGGGACAUUUUCGACUUUCUUCCGCAUAGUCUGCCCCAGCAACUCCCUUGCCUGGGUCUCGCGUACGACUAGGGACCCACAAGUAGCCAACUACAAUAGCACGGGCGAAAAGUAUGCAGACCAGUACUUCUCUUUCAUAUUCGAAGAUACUAUCAUCGACCACGUCGAAUAUCACGUCGAUCAAGGCAAGAUCUUGAGCUCCACGCCCAUCGUCAUCGCCACUCAAUCGUUGAAAAACGACACUGACACGUCCCAGACCUCGGAGGCGUCGAUCAACGUAUCUACGCAAGAAACGUCGACGUUCCAAUUUGCGCAGGGGUUCUCCAUCAAGGUUGGGGCGACGUUCACGACGGGUGUGCCGUUCAUUGCGGAGGGCAAGAUUUCGACGGAGAUAACGAGCACGUCGACGUUUACUUGGGGCUCUUCGACGACUACGUCCAAAGCGUACACGGCCAGGUUCCCUGUUACUGCCCCUGCACACACUGUCGUCAGAGCUAUCUCGAGUGUUACGCGAUCUGACCUGGAUAUCCCUAUAACCGUUUACAGUAAAUCCAAGGAAACGGGCGUGGAGGUUAAAACGGAAGGAAGGUACUAUGGCGUGACGACUUGGGACCUUCGCCACACUGUCUCUCAAGACUAA